UCCUGGUUCUUUGAGGUUGAUGACAAACCACGAACCUAUUGGCUCAUUUCUGCCAUCUGUUGGUGAUGACUUGGUACUGGUAGAGGAUAUUUUUAAGGGAAACUAAAUAAAGAUGGCUAGUUCAUGAUAUAAGUAGUCUAUGAACCAAGUGAACUCCUAAAAUUAGUCCCCCCUGUCAGAAACGUUAUUUAGCUAUUUCUACAUUUAGUUAUUUAUUAAAUUGAUUCGUUGAUUAAUUUCCUAGAGAUCCCUUCCUUUGGCUAUGCUGUGUUACAGCUUCUGGACAAUAAUAUUAAUCAGAACAGUAAUCAAAGAGAAAGGAACCUGAAAUGAUUAUCCUGAAGAACUGGAACUGCUCUCAACCCAGUUAAUAAGCGUAGUAGUUGGUAACCUUGCUUUCAUUUUUCUCCGCACUACUAGUCUACUGUAAUCGAAUACUAGGGGUCUCAGGGGUCGUCUGGUUAUAUGUGAAGUGGUUUGGGUGAAACCCUCCUAAUCACUGCAUAGAGACUGGCCAUUUAAUAUUGAGAUUAUGUAUUAAACCUCCUCGCUUUAAUAAAUGUAAAGGAUGAGUUUAUUGUAUUAGGCUACACAGCUCAUCCUUUAACAAAUUCGGGCGGAAAUUUACAUUUAAGUAACACAGAAAUUAGUAUUUUAAUAUAAUCAGUGUUAUAAUAAGCUACUUGCGUUUACCAGACAGUCAGAAUAAACGAACUACGUUUCCUUUAUUUUGCCAUAUCUGCUAUUUCGUUUUCGGUAUUUUCGUUUCCUAAAAAAUGCACCAACAACUGCUGGACAGUCUCCGGAUGUUUCAUGUUUCUGGGCAUUUAAUUUACUUCUUUCAUUUUAAGCCAGUGGUUGUGAUUUUGAGUUUUGAACGAAUUUCUCAUUGUAACCUUCAUUGUUGUCUUUUAGUUUAGUUUUCAUCCAGCACAUGUGAAACCCCGCCCAUCGCAUCGCUCCGCACGUCUAUUGGACAGACGGUCAGGCCCAUGCCACGCCUCUGCGCCGCUGCUGGAGCAUAUAAACCGUCUGUUAGAUUCCUCAGCAACAAGUGGCAGCAGGCUGCACAGGGACAGCAGUGGUGGAGCCUCACCUGCAGACCUCACUCACUCACUCACUCACUCAGCCACCAAGGACCUUAAAAGCCUGUCUUUAAAAACAGAUCAUAGCCAAAACGCGCCCGUGCGCACUGGACGCACGUGAACGUCUGGACUUUGUUUCUUCACACAUAUAAAAGUUGAGUCUGUUUUUGUUUUUUGGUCAGAAGAGAUGGAGCUGUCGGAUAUCCCGUUCCCCAUCCCCUCCGCGGACGACUUCUACGACGACCCGUGCUUCAACACCAAUGACAUGCACUUCUUCGAGGACCUUGACCCGCGGCUCGUGCACGUGAGCCUGCUCAAGCCAGACGAGCACGGACACACGGAGGACGAGCACGUGCGCGCGCCCAGCGGGCACCACCAGGCGGGCAGGUGCCUCCUGUGGGCGUGCAAGGCGUGCAAGAGGAAGACGACGAACGCGGACCGGCGGAAGGCCGCCACCAUGCGGGAGAGGAGGCGCCUGAGCAAAGUGAACGACGCCUUCGAGACGCUCAAGCGUUGCACGUCGGCCAACCCCAACCAGAGGCUCCCCAAGGUGGAGAUCCUGAGGAACGCCAUCAGCUACAUCGAGUCCCUUCAGGCUCUGCUGCGCAGCCAGGAGGACCCCUACUACCCCGUCCUGGAUCAGUACAGCGGGGACUCGGACGCGUCCAGCCCCAGAUCCAACUGCUCCGAUGGCAUGAUGGAUUUCAAUGGUCCCACAUGUCCGUCUGGAAGAAGAAACAGCUAUGACAGCUCCUACUUCAGCGAGAGUCAGAAUGGUGACGUGCGGAGCAACAAGUCCACAGUGGUGUCCAGUCUGGACUGUCUGUCCAGCAUCGUAGAGCGGAUUUCCACAGAGACGCCCGCGUGCCCUCCGAUCCCAGCGCACGAGCCCUCGGACAGCAGCCCGCGCUCUCCGCACGACGGGUCCGCUCUGAGCGAAGCGGGGCCGCGCGCUCCUUCCCCCCGGAACGCCGUGCGCGCUCCCGACCCCGUUUACCAGGUCCUGUAGAUCACAGACACGCGGGGCGAGCCUUCAGGACUCUGCUGUUCCUCAGAGGACAGAAAUGGGAGAUCAGAAAACUGCAUUUAUCCUCACCUUCGGUCUUCAUUUCGUUCUUUUUUCUUCCGUUGCUUUAUUUUUUCAUUCAUCCAUUCUUUUCUAACGUUUAAUUUCGUUUCAUUUCUUUCUUUCUUUCUUUCUUUCUUUCUUUCUUUCUUUCUUAUUUUUCUGUAGAAAGUGUCUAAUUCCAUGAUGAUGAUGAUGAUGAUGAUGGCUCUGCAGAAGUCAGUUUCUUAAAGAUUCUUAUUUAUGUAACUGUGUCAGCGCUGCGAUUAUGUGACCAUAUCUUUCCCUUUUUCUCUUUUCUGUCACCUUUUAUUAUUUCCUAAUUAUUCACGAGAGAAUAACCACUUCAGAUAUGAAAAGUAGAGGACCAUUUUUGUAUAUGUGUACAUAAGAGUUGUUUUGUUAAAAAAGAAAAAAAGAAAAAGAACACGGAGAAGUGAUCAAAGCUAACUGUGUAUUUAAUGCUGCCUGUGUGAGGAGUUUGUUGUGUCCAGCGUUCAACUUUAUAUUUAUACAUCUUCAGCGAGUGAAUGUGGGAUUAAUAAAGAUAAGACUUAUUUAUACACAGAAA